AUGAUUCUUUCUCAAACUGAAAGCAUGCUGAAGAAUAUUUGGCAACGGUUAUAGGAAUCAAUCAUAGAAAUAUAUGAUGCAAUUGAGAUCCAGGAUGAAUCAUAUUUGAAAAUCAUAAACAACAAAAUCAAUCCUACAGAUUUAUCAAAUAAGGACUUAGAAAAAUUAGUAUAAAUUGUAUAAGGAACAACAUUAAAUGAACGGAAAGCUUCAAAGGAUUCUUAUUUGUAGAAGUUACAAAAGGUAAUGGAUUGGUGGGGGAAAGAAAUUAAGGCUUUUAAUGAAAAGUUGAAAAAAGAAAUGAAAAAAAAAUUCUCAUCAGAUAUUACAGGAAAAUAAUAAAAAAAUGAAAUAAAAUCACCUUCUUAAUUCAAUCUUAAACCAUUUACUUAUUAGAUAAUUCAAGCCAAUUCUAUUAAAUAAUAAGAAUAAUGGGCUGCAUUUGCUAUUAAUAAAGAUUGUUCAUUUGUAGCGGCUGCUUGUAAUAAAUUAAUUAAUAUAUAUGAAUUCAAAUAAGGAAAGUUAAAAUUAAAUCAAGUCUUAAAUUAACAUUAAAAUGAAGUGCACAAUUUAAAUUUUAUGAAAUAAACAAAUUAAUUAAUUUCUGAAGAUCAUGGAUCUAUUUUGGUUUGGUCAUAUAAAAAUAAUGAUUCUUGGAUUUGUUCAUAAACUAUUGAAGGUCAUAGAAGUUUCAUUAGAUGCAUAAUUUUGAAUAAUAAAGAAGAUCUUUUUAUAUCCAGUAGUCAAGAUAAUACUAUUAAGUUUUGGGUUAAAAAAAUGAAUGGAUCUGUUAAUAAACAAUUACAGGUCAUAGUAAUGAUAUCUUUCAAUUAAGUUUAAAUGAAUAACAAAAUCAAGUUAUAUCUUGUGGAAAUGAUAGUUUCAUAUUAGUAAUACAAUAAUCAGAACCUAAUAAAGAUUGGAUUGUAAUAUAAAAAAUACAAGUUGAUUGUUAUGGAUAUCGAUUAUGCUUUAUCACUGAUAAUCUAUUCACAUUUCAACCUGGUAAUGGCAAUUUGA